CAGUUGCAUCGAUCAUGGCAAUCGACCGCCAGCGCCUGCGGGAGCUCAUCGAGCAGGAGGAGGCCACCUACCUGCGCACGCACCGCAAGUCUUACGAGCUCUACAAGCAGGCCCAGACAUGCUUGCUGGCGGGCGUGCCCAUGCACUGGAUGGUCCGCAGCGCCGGCAACUUCCCCAUCACCGUCACAGAGGGCAGCGGGGCGCGCUUCCGGUGUGUGGACGGCCACGAAUACGUGGACCUCUGCCUGGGCGACACCGGGGCCAUGGCGGGACACGCGCCGCCGACGACAUCCAAGGCUGUGGCGGCCCGCGCCGCGGCCGGCAUCACUUUCAUGCUGCCGACUGAGGAUGCGGUGUGGUGUGGCCAGGAGCUGACGCGCCGCUUCGGCCUCAAGUACUGGCAGUUUGCGCUGACCGCCACAGACGCCAACCGCUUCUCCAUCCGGCUGGCGAGGCACAUCACCGGGCGCCCCAAGAUCCUCGUCUUCAACUACUGCUACCACGGCAGCGUGGAAGAGACCUUCAUCACCCUGCGGGCCGACGGCACCCCCGCCCUGCGGGCCGGCAACCUGGGCCCUCCGGUGGACCCCAGGGUGACCGCCAAGGUCGUCGAGUUCAACGACCUGGCGGCCCUGGAGGCGGCGCUGGCCCCCGGCGACGUGGCGGCGGUGCUGGCCGAGCCCGCCAUGACCAACAUCGGCAUCAUCCACCCUGACCCAGGCUACCACCAGGCGCUCCGGGAGAUCUGCACCCGCACGGGCACGCUGCUGAUCAUCGACGAGACCCACACCAUCUGCGCGGGCCCCGGCGGCUACACCCGCGCCCAUGGCCUGCAGCCCGACAUCUUUGUGCUGGGGAAGCCCAUAGCGGGCGGUGUCCCCGUCGCGGUGUAUGGUUUCACGGAGCAGCUAGCCGCCAGGCUGGCGGGGCGCAUCGCCGUGGAUGAGUCGGACACGGGCGGCAUCGGCGGCACGCUGGCAGGCAAUGCGCUGAGCCUGGCCGCCAUGAGGGCCACCCUGGAGCAUGUGCUUACCGAGGAUGCCUUCAGGCACACCAUCUCGCUGGCGCAGCGCUUCGAGGCGGGGGUGGAGGGCGUGAUCGCGGCCCACGGCCUGCCCUGGAUCGUCAAGCGGCUGGGCUGCCGGGUGGAGUACUGGUUCCGCCCCGACCCGCCCCGCAACGGCGGCGAGGCGGCGGCCACCGUGGAUGCCGACCUCGACCGCUUCAUGCACCUGGCAGCACUCAACCGCGGCAUCAUGCUCACGCCCUUUCACAACAUGGCUCUCAUGGCGCCCACCACCACCGCUGCCGACGUGGACCGACACACCGCUGUGUUUGGGGAGUGUGUGGAGCUGCUGUUGGGGCGGCGCCCCAGCCGGCUGUGAGGGCGGCGACGGCGCAGGCAGGCAUCACAGGCGGCUUCCCAGGGGCGCAGCGAUCCAGUCGGCUGUGGGCGAGGGCGGCGACGGCGCGGGCGCUCGCGCAGCGGCCCGGCAGCGCGCAAGGGCGCAAGGUGCGCAGCGCACGAGUUGUUUGUCUUGUUGCAUAACAUAGUUUCCAUUAUUCUUGUUUCAAAUUCAUAGAUACCCACCCGCAC